AUGGCUACCUUGGCGUGGCUUUCAGUCGUCGUCCUGUUACUGACAGCGGCGGCAGGCCAAGAUUUGAGAGCAUCGGAAGGGAAUCGACCAGUGCUAGCGGCGGCCAACCCAGAAUUGCCCAAUUCCAUCAGGCUCCCGCGACAAUUCCAACCAUCACCCCUGUUACCUCUCCGCAACUCGGUCACCGCGCAGAAACAUCCACGAAAACGGCAAUUAGCUGACCUUGGAGCCAAUUUCCAACCGCUAGGUCUCUCCCUAAGCGGCCAGGCCCACUCGCUGCUCCACCGAGCCACUUACGACCCUAACACCAAGACCAGCAUCGUUUCUCGCAUCGUUGAACCCCCCAAGAAUGGCAUCGAACCGAGAAUCUCAUCUCACCCGAGUCACAUUACGUUCGUGACGCCACAUUAUGAUCAUCGAAAUAGCCACGGUUUCAAAGCUCCUCAUUCCUUCCACCACGCUCACGAUCAUCAUGCUAAACAUCAUCACUCGCAUCACCACGGACACCACUCUCAUCACGAUCAUCACGCUAAACACAAGCACGAACACGAUCACAAGCACCACAGUGAGCACGAACACAAGCAUGGACACGAGCAUCACGAGGAACACAAGCAUCACGAGGAGCAUAAACAGCACCACGGACACGAUCAUCAUCACGGACACAAGCAUCACUCCGAUCACAAGCAUCAUCACGGUCACGAACACAAACACGAACACGGUCACAAGCACGACCACAAGCAUGAUCACGACCACAAACACCACGGAGACCAUCAUCAUCAUCACGGUCAUCAGCAUCACUCGAAACACGAGCAUCACGAGGAGCACAAACAUCACGCGGAACAUCAUCACCACCACAAGCACAAUCACCACAACGAACACCAUCAUCAUCACGAUCAUCACCACGUCAACGAGCAUCAUCAUCACCACACCCACAAGGAGACCGAGAAUCACCAUCAUCAUCACGGUCACGAGCAUCAGGAACACCACAAGCAUGGUCACAAGCAGGACCACAAGCAUCACCACGGACACGAGCACAAACACGGACACCACGAGGAUCACCAUCACGGACACCACGAAGAUCAUCACCACAAACACGGCCACGAUCACAAACACGGACACCACGCGGAUCAUCACCACAAACACGGCCACGAGCACAAGCAAACUCACAAAGAGGAGCAUCACCACGGACAUCACGAGGACCACAAACACGAUCACCACGAGGAUCAUCACCACAAACAUGGACACGAACACAAGCACGGUCACAAGGAGGAGCAUCACCACGGACACCACGAGGACCAUCACCACGCUCAUCACCAGGACCACAAGCAUCACCAUCACGAGGAACACAAACACGGCCACGAGCACAAGGAGGAACACAAGCACGGUCACGAUCACAAACACCAUCACGAUCACCACGAAGCACACCAUCAUCAGGAACACCACAAACACCACGAGUCCCACGAACACAAACACGGACACUCCCACGAGGAACAACACAAACACUUCGACGAUCAUGAACACAAACAUCAUCACGACAGUCACCACAAACACCACGAGGCUCACCUUCACUCUGCGUACGAGCAACACGGCCACUACAAAGACCUGGGACACUACUUCGACGCUUCGCAGACUCACGAGGAGUACGCGCUUCCGGCGGAAAGCGAGACGGUUGUGGUGCCACCGGAAGUAGAUGACAUUCUGAAGAUCAAGAAGGAACCGGAAUCGGAGAAACCCGUUGAGCAAGUAACAACGGAGGAUCAGACCUAA